AUGCUGUGUCAUACCCUUGGCAGUUUACAGUUUGACCGGGAAAUUCUUCUUCCGAGGGUUGAAGGGUUUAGUAAUCCUUAUGAUUCCAGGCGAUACGGCUUACAUGACAACGGUACAUAUGAUGAAGACAAUUAUCAAGGCCGGAGUAUAAAUGCCUGUAAAUAUGGAGACCUUCCAGAUAUGCCCAAUUUGAAUUUCAUAGCAAAAAUGGACUCGUUCGUCAAAGAAAUGCGAAAACCCAAUAUGGAUAUUGGGCCAUUUGAUGGUAACUCUCUUGACUUCAAUAGAUUUAUGAGACGGUUUCGAACAAAGGUGCUUACCUACUGCACUUCCUAUGAUGAACGUUUAAGCUACUUAGAACAAUUUACCUCAGGGGGAGCAAGAGAAAGAAUACAAGAAUUUACGAGCAUGAAUCCAGAAAGGGGGUAUGAGGCAGCCUUGAAAGAACUUGAGGAUUGUUAUGGGAAUGAUGACGUUGUGGCCCGGGCUUAUAUCAAGAAGGCUUUGGAUUGGCCAGUAAUCAAGGGAAAUGAUGUGGGAGCUCUUGGCAAAUUUUCGAUGUUUCUCACAGGAUACUUGGCAGAGUUCGUUUCAAGGGAAGCUAAGAAAGCCAGGCAUCCCAUCUAUGGUAUGGAGCAACUAAACGAGGGUAAAACUAAUAACCCUAAGAUAAGAUAA